AUGGAUUAUAAUAAAACGCCCGAUGUAACAUCAUUAGAUGAAGAUUUAAAACAGUUGAGGCUCAGCAAGUUUUCUGAAGAUGCUAUUGGUAGCAUAAAAAUGUGGAUAUUCAAAUCUGUUCUAAAUGAUGAAGUAGACGCUGGCAAAAGUUUAUUGGAAUUAUUAAAGGAUGGUACUGUACUAUGUAAGCUGGCUAAUAAGUUAAAUGAAGUCGAUAGUCCAAAUACUACUUUAAUCAAAUGGAAAGAAUCAAAGAUGCCCUUCAUUCAAAUGGAACAGAUCUCUCAAUUUCUUUCCUUUGCUAGAGCAUAUGGCGUACCUGAAGAUGAGUUAUUUCAGACAAUUGACUUAUAUGAGGAAAAAGACCCAGCAUCUGUUUAUCAAACUUUGAAAUCUCUUUCGAGGUAUGCUAAUAAGAAACAUCCCGAUAUUUUUCCUGUAUUAGGCCCACAAAUAGCUACCAAGAGACCACGUCCACCUGUGAAAGCUAAACCAAAACAUUUACAGGAAGGAUGGAGUACCAUGGAGUAUGGAUAUAUGAAGGGAGCUUCUCAAAAGACAGAAGGUGUAGUCUUUGGUAACAGAAGGGAUAUAUUGUAA